AUGGCCACCCUGACCGCCGUGGAUGUCAGCAGCAAUGGCCUGGCCGCAGUUGCUGCCCUCCUGACGGUCCUGGCCGGCCUAAUAUUCCUUUUGUACAGGCAGAAGGGGCCUGUCAGGCCUGCAGCUUCUGUGGCGGCCCCCCCUCCCGCAGCCAACGGAGUGAAGACGGGGAGCCACGUUGAGGAGGAGCUGCCCGCCGACCGGGUGCUCAUCCUGUACGGCACCCAGACCGGCACCGCGGAGCGCUUCGCCAAGUCCCUUCGCUUCCAGUUGGAGGCCCGGUACGGCGGAUCGGGCAAGAAGUUCGUGGCCCUUGACACUGAGGGGUACCCUGCCGCCAAGCACCUCCACCAUGAGUCCUGCGUGCUCCUGCUCAUGGCCACCUACGGCGACGGCGAGCCCACCGACUCUGCCGCCGAGUUCUAUGACUGGGCUGUGGAGACCGCGGAGUCUGGCGACGACCCUGAGCUCCUCAAGUCCGUGACCUACGGCGUCUUCGGCCUGGGCAACCGGCAGUACGAGCACUUUUGCGCAACGGCGCCGGCCGGUGCAGCGCCCGCCGACGCCGACGCCCAGCGCUGCCGGCAGGGCCGGGGCACGGCGGCGCACGACCCCUUCCUCGCCUCCGUGCUGGAGGUGCGCGAGCUGCACACCGCGCUUUCCACACGCUCCUGCGUCCAUGUCGAGCUGGACCUGGCCGGGUCGGGCAUCGCCUACGCGCCAGGGGACCACGUCGCCAUCUUUCCACGCAACGACGACGCCGUCGUGGCCGAGGCCGCGCGGCUGUUGGGGGCUGAGCCCGACUCCUGCUUCACGCUCGGCGCCGCGCCGGGCGGCCCCGUCCCUCCCUUCACUGGGCCCAUCACACUGCGGGAGGCGCUGGCUGCCCACGUGGAUCUGCUGGGCCUGCCCAGCAAGGCCGCGCUUUCCACCCUGGCGGCGUUUGCCAAGGACAAGGCGCAGGCCGCGCGCCUGGCGCGCCUGGCGGCGCCGGAGGGCCGGGACGAGUACCACGCCGAGGUGGUGGCCCCCCGGCGCAGCCUGCUGGAGGUCAUGCGGGAGCACGCCUCUGCCCAGCCCAGCUUGGGCGCAUUCUUUGCCUCGGUGGCAGACACGCUGCAGCCCCGGUACUACUCCAUCUCCUCGUCGCCCCGCGCCCACCCUGCCGCGCUUUCCAUAACCUGCGUGGUGGUCGACGAGGAGCUCCCGGGCGGCCGCCGCCACCGCGGCGUGGCCUCCUCGUAUCUGGCGCGCCUGCGCCCGGGCGACCGCCUGCCCGUGUUCGUGCGGCGCUCCGCCUUCCGCCUGCCCGCCGACCCCGCCACGCCCAUCGUCAUGAUCGGGCCGGGGACGGGCUUGGCGCCCUUCCGCGGCUUCCUCCAGGACCGCCAGGCAGUGCUGGAGGCGCGGUCCGGGAGCGGGGGAGCGUCCACAGCUUUUGGUCCGGCCACGCUCUUCUUCGGCUGCCGCCAGCCCGACCAGGACUUCAUUUAUCGCGAGGAGCUGGAGGGCUGGGCGGCCAGCGGCGCGCUGAGUGUGCUGCACACCGCCUUCUCGCGCGCCGGGCCGCGCAAGGAGUACGUGCAGCACCACAUCGAGGCGGCUGCCGAGGCGGUGUGGGACGUGCUGCAGGCGCGGAGCGGCUGCCUCUACAUCUGCGGCGACGCCAAGGGCAUGUGCCACGACGUGCAGCUGGCGCUAGCCGCGCUGGCAGGCCGGGCGCUGGGCGCCGGCGAGGAGGCGGGGGCCGACUGGCUCAAGCGCCUGGCGGCAGAGGGGCGCUUCAUGCGCGACGUGUGGUAG